AUGGAUGACCACAGCACUCCGGCGUGUCCAUUCUGUCCCUUCGCGGACCGAGAUGCAACCUUUGUGGCACAGCACAUCGAAUACUGUCACCCAGAGGGCGGGGGUCAGCCAUCGUUCUCUCGCGACACUCAUGCAAUCGGAAACGCCAGUCCGGUACCAGAAUCCUCCCCAGUGGACGAGGAGUCCACGGAUAAAUAUGUCGACUGUCCGCAUGAGUGUGGUGAGGUUGUCACGACGGCGGAAUUGUCCAUACACCUUGAUUUACAUGUCGCCGAGAACAUCGCGCUGGAUGAUAGCGGGGUAUCCCAAAGCGACUUCGCUAGAGACGUUUCUAGUGAGCCUGACAUAUCUUCUGAUUUGGAAGACUCUGUGGAUUUCAACGAAUCACGGAAAGGCGGCAAAAAAGGCGCAGAUCGAGACUUUACUCGCACAAAUACUUCUAAGCCGGCACGAGCGCGCAGUCCCGUGGGGAAAGUCGGUUCGAACGGUGCAAAACGGCUUGGACGCUCAGAGUUGGGGCCUCAUGCCCAUGAAAAGAAAAUGCCUUCGUGGUUGAGGAAAAUGCUCGAAAAGGGAGGCCGCACUUCCAAACAAACUCAGAUCACAGCAGACGGUCGACUCGCUCGACGUACUACGGUGGAGAAUGAAACAGAGAACCUCAUACCUGUUAUUGCCAAGCUUUGCGAGCAGGACCCGUCCUCUCGUCGCGUUUUCUUGUGCAGCUCCAAGGUCCGCCAUAUUUGCAAGAUGCCUCGAGAAGGUGGAUUCUGCGGGUAUCGAAAUAUUCAGAUGCUUGUCUCAUAUAUCACCAAAGCCAAGGCCAUUGGGCAUGAGCAUUUUCCGGAGGGGUUGCCCACAAUUCUCCAGCUGCAGGACAUGAUUGAGCUUGCUUGGGACAGGGGUUUUAAUAGCUCUGGGCGAACUGAGACGGGUGGUAUCAGAGGAACACGGAAGUUCAUCGGUACUCCAGAGGCACAAGCGCUAUUUAUGAGUCUUGAUAUCCCGUGCGAUGCCAGCAGUAUCACCGAGGCGAGAGAUAGGAGAGCCUAUGAUGCACUAUAUAUGGACGUAGCGGCCUACUACCAUUCAGUGUGUUCACUAGACGACCCUAGGAAAGUUUUCAUGACCGAUCUCCCCCCGAUAUAUUUCCAGCAUCAAGGUCACUCUAUGAGUAUUAUCGGCUUCGAGAUUCGCGACAAUGGCAGCGCCAACCUGCUAGUUUUCGAUCCCAUGUUCAAGACUUCCCCGGUCAUGUAUCGCCUCAUUGGGUCAUCUGCAAGAUCAGAUCACCCUGCUCGCCUACUUAAGGCGUAUCGUCGGGGCUCUUCAUAUCUUCAAAAGUAUAAGAUGUUCGAACUCCUCAAGAAAAUAUCCGUCGCGAUGGGGAAGCGCGCCAAUCCGAACAUUAUCGUCACCGGAACCCCCGGCGUGGGCAAGACAGUGCACUGCGAAAAGUUGGCGGAGGAUCUAGGCCUGAAGCACCUCUCCGUCAACCAGGUUGCUAAGGAGCGAAACUGCUUUGACGGCAAGGAUAAGAAGCGAGGGAGUGAUAUCGUUGAUGAAGAUAAGCUACUCGACGCUAUCGAACACGAGGUCCUCUUGGGCGGCUAUCUGAUCGACUGGCACGCUUGCGACCUGUUCCCGAAAUCUUGGAUCGAUCUUGUCGUUGUUCUACGUUGCCCAGAGACGACAACCCUCUACGAUCGUCUUGCCUCUCGUGGCUAUGCCCCAAAUAAGCUUGAGGAGAACAUAGAUGCCGAAAUCUUUGGUGUUCUCAUGGACGAAGCCCGCGAAGCUUUCGACGAGGAAAUUGUUGUAGAGUUGAACAGUGAGAAGGAUAGUGACGUUGAGAGCAAUUGCGACCGAAUCGCCGCCUGGGUCAAUGCGUGGUGGAAGCAGAAUGCUGAGGAUGCAGACGAUGAUGACGAAGAAUGA